AUGCAGAGCAAAAGGGUAGGGUGGUGGUUCUUCGCAAAAGCAAAGCUUAGCCUUAAUACAUACCGAAACCUCUCUUCUUCUCAACACGUCGUUCUCGACAACCCCAAUCACAGUCAGCAGGUUUUGGUCGAAGGAAAUGGAUGCUCCAGAAUGGCCAUUCUCAAUAGACCCUCUGCUCUCAAUGCUCUCAAUACCAAUAUGGCGGCUACACUGCAUAAACUUUAUAGGAGUUGGGAAGAUAACCCUGAUAUUGGUUUUGUAAUGGUGAAGGGCAGUGGCCGAGCAUUUGCAGCUGGUGGAGAUAUUGUUGCCCUUUACCAUUUGAUAAACAAAGGAAACAUGGAGGCGUGUAAAGAAUUUUUCAGAACGGCCUAUAGUUUUAUGUACCUGAUUGGUACAUAUUUGAAGCCACAUGUGGCACUUCUAAAUGGCAUUACCAUGGGUGGUGGGGCUGGAAUUUCAAUCCCUGGUACAUUCCGUGUUGCAACAGACAAAACUGAUUACAAUUGUGAUCAUAUCAUAUUCUUAGCCAAGGAGGUGGAGCCCCUCAUCUUUAGACCCCAUCUUGCUAGGAACUAUAUGAUUUUUGCUACCCCUGAAGUUCAUAUUGGAUUCCACCCUGAUGCUGCAGCAUCUUUUUACCUUUCACAUUUACCUGGUCAUUUAGGUAUGACUGAGGGCCUCUCUCUGGUGGUUUCCCCAAGGCCUAAGGUUGUUUUUAGCCUUCUCCACUAUGCAGAGGGAUUGGACUUCCUUGCUAGAUUCCUAAUUUCCGUUAUGCAUUUAUUUGUAUUUUCUGCUUUUGUGGAUACCUUGAGAGUACGUGGCUCUGACAGGGGAAAAGCUCAACGGAGUAGAGAUGUUUACCUGCGGGCUUGCUACACAAGGCUUCCUCUAAUUGAAGAACAGUUGAGGAAAUUGGUUACAGAUGACCCAUCUGUCAUUGAAGCCACAUUAGAACAAUAUGGUGAUCUUGUACAUCCAGACAGCAGUAGCGUACUACAAAGGAUUGAAAUUCUAGAUAAAUGCUUUUGCCAUGACACAGUUGAAGAGAUUGUUGAUGCUAUGAAAAAUGCUGCAAGUGAAACAAAAGAUGCAUGGUGCAUUUCUACCCUAAAUAGACUGAAAGAGGCCUCUCCAUUGAGCUUGAAGGUUGCCUUGAGAUCUAUACGGGAAGGUAGAUUUCAGACCCUUGAUCAAUGCUUGUUGCGUGAGUACCGUAUGACUUUACAAGCAAUACAUAGGCAAAUAUCAGGAGAUUUCUGUGAGGGAGUGAGGGCACGCGUGGUGGACAAGGACUUUGCACCAAAGUGGGAUCCUCCAACCUUGGAAAAGGUGUCUCAAGAUAUGGUGGAUCAUUACUUCUUACCUCUCAGUGAGUCGGAACCUGAUCUGGAGCUGCCCACAAAAACUCGUGAAGCAUUUCUAUAG